AAUGAUUGAUCCAAAAGAAGAAUAUAAAUCAAAAUUCUAAAAGGAUAAGCUCCAUAAAAAUAUCAGUUUAAGGAAAGCUGGGAAGUGUGCAGCCUAAGAUUUCAGAGUUGAAAAAAUCAAAUCAUCUUUAUUAGUUUAAGAUUACCCUGAAGAAGAAAGAUAAAAAAUUGAAAAAGAUCUUCAAAAACUUAAAAAAUAAGUCUUGUACGAUCAUUACAAAGACAUAGCUAACAGAAUCAAAUAUAAAGAUAAUUAUUCUAUAAACAAACCAGAAAAUAUCAUGGAUUACGAUUUUCCUUUAAUAUGAAA